AUGAGUACAACUAAGUCUGGGAACAGAAUAUCUUUAUUUAGUUUAGAAUUAAAAAAUAAUAAUCAUGAACGAUGUAAAUCAACUUGUUUAAAAACUUCAUAUUGUACUUUAAUUAUUUUGAAAACGGAAUUGGAAACUCCGCGUUGUUUUGGUUACUACAAAUUUCAACAGUCAAACACCAUAAUUGAUAAUAGUUUAGAUGGAUUUGAACUAACUUGUUGCUGUAAGUUUAAAUGA